ACCCAGGAGUCUAACCCCACAGGCCCCUCCCUCAGGCUCAAGGCUUUGUCCCCUUCCCUGGCACAGGUGGCCAGGCUGCUGGAGGUACCCGCUGUGCUGACAGAGCAGUACCCAGAAGGCCUGGGCCCCACCGUGCCUGAGCUGGGGGCUGAAGGCCUGCAGCCGCUGGCCAAAACCUGCUUCAGCAUGGUGCCUGCGGUGCAACGGGAGCUGGACACCCGGCCGCAGCUGCGUUCUGUACUCCUCUGCGGCAUUGAGACACAGGCCUGCAUCCUGAACACCACCUUGGACCUCCUGGACCGCGGGCUGCAGGUCCAUGUGGUGGUGGACGCCUGCUCUUCUCGCAGCCAGGUGGACAGGCUGGUGGCGCUGGCCCGGAUGCGGCAGAGUGGCGCCUUCCUCUCCACCAGUGAAGGGCUGAUUCUGCAGCUUGUGGGUGAUGCCGCCCACCCCCAGUUUAAGGAGAUCCAGAAGGUCAUCAAGGAGCCUGCCCCAGACAGUGGGCUGCUGGGACUCUUCCAAGGCCAGAAUCCCCUCUUCCGCUGAACUCCUCACCCUGAAGACCACCCUCCUGUCAUUGGGACCUCAGUGGAAUCAUUUCGCCCCCGUCCUUCGCUCCCAAGAGUGGUGCAGUCCACCGGGAGUACCACCCCCUCGGGAGGGGAGGUGGAGUGCUACCUUUCCAUUGGGCCAAAGAGCCCGGAAAUGCAAAUGAGACUCCGGAAGCUGGGCGGCGGUUGGCUGAGCAGAGCUGGGGGCGGGGCUCGGCCCCGGGCCACUUCACGAGGCGGGGAGGGGCGGGGGAGGGAGUGUCACAGGCUGUGGAACCCGGACUUGCAGAAUAAACAUUGAUGUGGCUAU